GUGCCGAGCUGACUGUAGGAUGCCUAGUCCAUGUCAGGACUGUCAAUGCAUUCUACUGUAUGCAGCAACAUCCGUUUUCAUACCUGUCUCACGCUCACAAGAAAUGUGUAAACAGCCCCAACGCUCUGUCUAAACAUUAUUAUAAACUGUGUGGUUGGAGCCCUGAAUACUGAUUGGCAGAAAGCGCUGGUAUUUCAUACCGUAUACCACGGGUAUGACAAAACAUUUAUUUUUACUCUUCUAAUUACGUUGGUAACCAGUUUAUAAUAGCAACAAGGCACCUUUGGGGUAUAUGGCCAAUAUACCACGGCUAAGGGCUGUAUCCAGGCACUCGUCGUGCAUGCGUCGUGCAUGCAGCCCUUAGCGUCGUGCAUGCAGCCCUUAGCACAGCCCUUAGCAUUGGCGUAUUGUCGGAAAUUCUUAAAAUGCAACUUUUAACUCAUUGCGUUCAACCCUUUGGCAGAUAUCUAACUCCAUACUACUACAGUGCCUAUAGACUUAAAACGUUUUAUGGGUCAGAUGGUUUAGAUCCUUUCUUCUUUAAGGUUGCAGCCCCUAUCAUCGCCAAGCCUAUCUCUGACCUUUUUAACCUGUCUUUCCUCUCUGAGGAGGUUCCCAUUGCUUGGAAGGUAGCCACGGUGCAUCCUUUAUUUAAAGGACUGAUCCUAACUGUUAUAGGCCAAUAGGCCAAUUUCUAUUUUGCACUGUUAAUCAAAAGUGUUGGAAAAACUGACUGGCUAUCUUGAUGUUCAUACUAUUCUCUCUGGUAUGCAAUCUGGUUUCCGCUCAGGUUAUGGAUGUUUCACUGCAACCUUAACGGUCCUAAAUGAUGUCACCAAAGCCCUUGAUUCUAAGCAAUGUUGUGCUGCUAUUUUUAUUGACUUGGACAAAGCUUUUGAUAUGGUAGACCAUUCCAUUCUUGUCGGCCGGCAGGAAGUAUUGGUGUCUCUGAGGGGUCUUUGUCCUGGUUUGCUAACUAAAUCUCUCAAAGAGUGCAGUGUAUAAAGUCAGAACAUCUGCUGUCUCAGCCACUGCCUGUCACCAAAGGAGUACCCCAAGCCUCGAUCCUAGGCCCCACGCUCUUCUCAAUUUACAUCAACAACAUAGCUCAGGCAGUAGGAAGCGCUCUCAUCCAUUUAUAUGCAGAUGACACAGUCUUAUACUCAGCUGGCCCCUCCCCGGAUUUUGUGUUAAACGCUCUACAACAAAGCUUUCUUAGUGUCCAACAAGCUUUCUCUGCCUUUAACCUUAUUCUGAACACCUCCAAAACAAAGGUCAUGUGGUUUGGUAAGAAGAAUGCCCCUCUCCCCGCAGGUGUGAUUACUACCUCUGAGGGUUCAGAGCUUGAGGUAGUCACCUCAUACAAGUACUUGGGAGUAUGGCUAGACGGUACACUGUCCUUCUCUCAGCACAUAUCAAAGCUGCUGGCUAAGGUUAAAUCUAAACUUGGUUUCCUGUAACGUAAUCGCUCCUCUUUCACCCCAGCUGCCAAACCAACCCAUGCUAGAUUACGGAGAUGUAAUUUAUAGAUCGGCAGAUAAGGGUGCUCUCGAGCGGCUAGAUGUUCUUUACCAUUUGGCCAUCAGAUUUGCCACCUUAUAGGACACAUCACUGCCCUCUAUACUCCUCUGUAAACUGGUAAUCUCUGUAUACCCGUCGCAACCCACUGGUUGAUGCUUAUUUAUAAAACCCUCUUAGGCCUUACUCCCCCCUAUCUGAGAUACCUACUGCAGCCCUCAUCCUCCACAUACAACACCCGUUCUGCCAGUCACAUUCUGUUAAUGGUCCCCAAAGCACACACAUCCCUGGGUCGCUCCUCUUUUCAGUUCGCUGCAGCUAGCGACUGGAACAAGCUGCAAAAAACACUCAAACUGAACAGUUUUAUCUCCAUCUCUUCAUUCAAAGACACAAUCAUGGACACUCUUACUCUAGACACUCUAGACAGUUGUGGCUGCUUCGUGUGAUGUAUUGUUGUCUCUACCUUCUUGCCUUUGUGCUGUUGUCUGUGCCCAAUAAUGUUUGCACCAUGUUUUGUGCUGCUACCAUGUUGUGCUGCUGCCAUGUUGUGUUGCUAGCAUGUUGUUGUCAUGUGGUGUUGCUAUCAUGCUGUGUUGUUGUCUUAGGUCUCUCUGUAUGUAGUGUUGUGGUGUCUCUCUUGUUGUGAUGUGUGUUUUGUACUAUAUUUACAUUUUUAUUCCCAGCCCCCGUCCCCGCAGGCCUUUUGCCUUUCAGUAGGCCGUCAUUGAAAAUAAGAAUUUAUUCUUAACUGACUUGCCUAGUUAAAUAGGGUUAAAUAAAGUAAAUACAAAUGUGUUUAGAGCCCAGAGCAGUUUUGCAUGGACACCAAACACAUGUUUAUUUCAAAUACUAUCUUUAGCCAUGUUGUAGCCAACACCAUGAACUGGUGAAAAAAAAUAUAUAUUUGUCAUCAUCACACUUCCUGCCUACCUCCUUGUGAGAAAUGUGUCAGUCUACGAAGAGUGGCUCCACUGUUCUCAUCUCUCCAGAUCACUGUAGCUCAUUUCCCUGAUUUGGAACAAUGUCAUUUGUGAAUACUCUAAAACAGUGGGAUGAGGCAGUGGCCUGUUUCGAACGGGGGGACUCUGCUGCUUCCCUUGGAACAUUUCUGGACAUCCAGGAAAAGAACUCCAAAAUCUUUUUCAACAUUGGCUGUCUACAUUUGAUUAAUAAGAACCUAGAUGCAGCUGAAAAGGCUUUCGAUGGCAGUAUCGGAAAGGAUGGACACUUGGCUGUUGCAUUCUUUCAAAGAGCAUUGACAUUCUACAAAAAAGAGAGGUAUGAGGAGUCUUUUGCUGAUUUCCAACAUGCCUUCAGGGAGUUGAGGGGGAACCAGCUGAUCGACUACAAACCUCUUGGUCUGAGAUACAAAUUAUAUGCUUGUGAGGUACUGCACAACAUGGCGCUGGCCCAUGCUCAGCUGGGUCAGUGGGAAAAAGCCAAAGAGACCCUCCUGACAGCUCUGAACCUCAGGACUGAGGCCAAACUCAGCCACAUUGACAGAGGUCUGGAGUGCAUCCUGAAGCAGAAGCUGUUUGAGCCAGUUGAGGUCCCGGCGAAAGUUCUGUUCAAGCCAAACAAGAACUACGUGGCUGAACUGGAGAAGAAGGACUACCUGGGCAAGGCCAAGGUUGUUUCUUCCAUCGUCUUCCAGGAUGAGUUCUCUGGCUUUGCUCCUUUACAGCCACAGGUUGAAGAGGUUCCUACCAGACCAAAGGCGCCUGAAGUUCUAAGGGCUCUGGAGGAGGGUGAGCCUCACACUGUCCUCUUUGAGUUUGUCCCCGAGACAAGUGAUGAGUUAGCUGUGGUGCCUGGCAAUAUCGUCUUUGUGCUGAACAGCGGAGAAGACAACUGGGCAUCUGUCAUCUUCAAUGAAAGAAGGGGACUUGUUCCUUAUAAUUUCCUGGAGCGUUUGGAAAUAACCUUAACAUCUAAGCAAGAUCAGGAUGGGACAGACAAGGAUGACAUCCCAGCGUCACCUAGACGAGAACCACCGAAUAGACCUCAAAGAAAAUCUGCUUUGGCUGCUGAAAAUCAGAGCAUUGGGGACACAGAAACAGAGUAUUGCCAGAUUGAAGAGUCAUCACUGUGUGUAGUGAAAGUGCACUUCACAUACACCAUAGCAAUCUGCAUGGUGCCUGGACUUCCCUACACAACCACUCUGGAGAAAAUCAGUAACAAAUUGGGCCUUCCUGCCAUGGCAAUCACCUUGAGGUAUGCUAUGCACACAGAUUCCGGUAAAAUAGUGAUUGAUGAGAACACGAGGAUGGAAGAUGUUUGGAGCCGUGUCCACAAUGGUCGUCUAACACUGUGGUGUGAUCUCAAGGAGGGUAUGAGUGAGCAGCUGCAAAGCCAGACUCAACUGAUGGCCCUUCAUUCCUACGAGUCUUCAACUCCAGAGGACCUCGAGUUCCAUCAAGGAGAUACCAUCUUACUUCUCUCCAAAGUCAAUGACGAUUGGUUUGAGGGACAGUGCAACGGGAAGAUUGGCAUAUUCCCAGCCUCCUUUGUGGAAGAAGUUCCCAUGAAAGAUAAAUAAUAUGAUCAGAACAAAAGGCUAAGGAACAAUGACUGUCGAGAUUGUGGGAUUUGUUCUACUUUGUCUUUGUUCUGGAUACCGUCAACCAACAGUCAUCAAAGAAAAACAUACAAAAGCAUAGACACAAAGUCAGAUUUCUACAUUUACGUUGAGGGAAGACAUUUAAGUCAGAAAAGUAAUUACCUAAGCAAGGACUUUUCUUCACUAGGCUGAUAUUUACUGAUUUGUGUGAUGUUAUUGUUAAAGUAUGAAGUUUAAUAACUGUUUUGGCAGGCACAAAUCAAGCAUGCCCUUGUUUUCUACGUAUUUGAAUGUAAUGCAGUAGUAUGUUUUUAAUUAUUUGUUAAUUAAUUUAAACUAUGAUUGAUCUAAAUAGCCUAUAUUGACCUAUAUAUAGCCUAUAUUGAUUUUAAUGAAAAAAAUAAAAAUCAGGCAACUUGAAUAUA